GAAAGGAAAGGAAAGGAAAGGAAAGGAAAGGAAAGGGAAGAGCAGAGCAGAGCAGAGCAGAGCAGGGACUGUGUGCAGUGUGGUACAGACCAGAGCACUGAGCUGAGUUCAGCCAGCUGGGAUCCCAGGGCUGGGCUGGCUAUGCCAACCCCCCCUGCACGGUGCCUGGCUGGGGCUGUGGGCCUGAGUGGGAAGUCCUGAGUCGGGCGCCCUUGUUGUGGGGGCCGGCUACUCCCUGGAGGACCCCAGGACCUGGGAGCCCGGUCUGAAGGGAGGCCUGAGCUGGGUGCUGGCCCUUCAAGGGGAAGGGGCUCCCCGCUGGAGCCACUCAUGGCUGGCGGGGACAGCCCCUGGCGCUGGCUCUGACCCUGCAGGCCCCGGAGAUGCAGGCGGUGGGCUUAGGGCUCUUCCUCCUGCUCCUGCCCAGAGUGGGGCUCCGCGCCCCCCCGGACUCUGUCAGCUGCUCCCAGGGCCUGUCCUGCUGGCUGCUGGAGGCCGACGUGUUGUGCAGCCCUGGGGCCGUGGGGCUGGCCUCUGGCCCAGUUCUGGUGCCGACCCAAAUGAGGAUGGAGUCUGUGCUGCACUGCACAGCAGCGUCCGACUGCUCCCCCUGCGUGAAGGUCGAGCUGCAGCUGGCUGUGCUGGGGCCCCAGGAGGAGGUGGCAGGUGAGGGGAUCCGAGAUGGAGCUGGGUUGGACGCCCUGCGGCAUCGGGACAGUGGGCCCCUGCGGAGCUGGGUGCUGCUCUCGGUACAGACGUACCCCUCCUCCCGCUGUGUCGCCCUCGAGGUCCAGCUGCCCCGCACCCUGGCACGCCCCAACCACACCGUGGGCUCCCUGUGGUUUCACUGCUUUGAGGCGGUCCUGCGAGGGGAGCUGCACGUCACGUCCUACACAAGUCCCCGGUACCGGGAAGUGCUGAGCCAGACGCACCGUGUGCCCGACUGUUCCUGGCCUGCAGCGCGGGCUGCCAUCCGGCUGUGCCAAGUGCCCAGGCUGCACCUCUCUGUGGGGCCGGAGCACCUGGUGGUGCAGUUGCAGGAUGUGCCCGCGGGGCAGAACUUCACCAUGUGGUUCUACUGGAACCAGACAAGUGGACUCAAAGGACUCAGGACAGAGAAGGGGCCUCAGAACUACAGCCUGCCCUCUGCCCAGCUGCUGCCCUGCCUCUGCCUGCAGGUCUGGCCAGAUAUCCCGGAUCCCCCCAGGACCAGCCGCUGCCCCUUCACGCAGGACCCUAUGGCGUGGACCCGGCUGUGGGCACAGGCCCAGCUGAAGCUGCGUCUCACCGCGGGGAGGCUGAGCUGCUCUGUGUCGGUGCCAUGCGCUGUACCAGCCGAGCUCGUGCCCUGCUGGAGGCCGAAGAGGGCCGGGCCCUGCCAUGAGCUGCCACACCUGCGUCAGGCCCUCACCCUGCCUACUCUCCACGAGUUUGGGACGUUGCAGCCUCAUCCGAACCUGUGUGUCCAGGUGUGGAGUGGUGGGCGGGUCCAGCUCAUGCAGUGCCUGCUGGAAGGCGCCAUGCAGGGCCAGCCGGCCGACCUCUUGCUGAUGGAGACCAGGGACCUGCAGGGGAACAUGUUGCUCUGUGCCAUGGAGCAUGGCACCUGCGUUCCACUGGCCAGCUCCACCUGCAUGGGAGUUGCGGUGGGGGCCCUGGAGCAGCAGCUGCGACGGGAUGUGCAGUCAGGGCAGUGUCUGCAGGUCAGUGCUGUCUGGGAACGGUAUUGUCGCACACGUGGGUGUAAUGGGUCCUUGCGCUGCGUCAGUAACAGGCAGCUGUCUCCACAGGUCUGGCAUGCUGAGGGCAGCGUGGUGGGCACCGGCUGGGCCUGCUCACUGGAGAAGUAUCUCCGUGCCCACUGGGUGCUGGCUUGGAUGGGGGGUCUCCUCAGCACCUUCUGCAUCCUGCUCCUGCUCCUGCUCAAGAAGGAAAAUCUGAAAGGGUGGCUGAAGAUGCUGAAGGAGGAUUAUAGCUCUGGUGGGGUGCUGCGGGGCCGGCGUGCCCUGAUCCUCUACUCGCCCGACCACGCCGGCUUCGAGCGGCUGGUGAGCACCCUGGCCUGUGCCCUGACACGGCUGCAGCUGGCGGUGUCAGUGGAACUGUGGAGCCGGGCUGAGCUCUGUGCCAUGGGUCCCAUGCAGUGGUUCCAUGCCCAGCGGCUGCGGGUGCUACAGGAGGGUGGCACGGUGGUGCUGCUGUUCUCCAGGGGCGCCGUGGCCAGGUGCACGGAGUGGCUGCUCUGGAAGCAGGGGGAACGGCUGCCCCGGGACGAUCCGUACAGCGCUUUCUCAGCCUCCCUCAACUGCGUCCUCCCCGAUUUCCUGGCUGGCAAGGCUGGGGGCCGGUACCUGGUGGCCUGCUUUGAGGAUCUCCUCCGGCCGGCCGACAUCCCAGAGCUCUUCCGCGCAGUGCCCAUCUUCACGCUGCCCUCCCAGCUGCCCACCUUCCUCCUGGCGCUGGCCGGCACUGCUGCCGGCAGGGAGCAGAAGAGGAGCCUGAAGAAGCACUCCCUGUGGAUCGGCGACAGCCUGCAGCGCGCCAUCCGAGAGUGCCAGCUGCAGAAGCCUGAUGGGCACUGCCCAGCACAGGCGUCUGCCCUGCCUGGGAGCGGACACGUACCGAUGGGUGCCAAGAGUGAGGUUGGGGAGCUCCCUCCACCCAUGGGCUCCACGUGACUGAGGCUCUGUCCCCUGAGACUCUGGGCACUGUCGGCAGACAGGAUAUGGGGCUAGAUGGACCUUUGGCCUGAGCCAGUCUGGCCCUUCUUAUGUUCUCCUGCAGAGCCAGAGUGUAUCUGCCACUGUCUCUGCACCACCUGGGCUGGGCCUGGAGGGCAAACCUUCGCUGGCACCUGGCUGGAGCUUGUGCUGGCGGGGCGCGGGGCCUGGCCCCUGCCCUGCGGCGGGCUCUGCGGGUCACUGCCCCAUGCUCCCAAUAAAGGCUGGUUAUUUUUCUAA